AUGGCUAACGAGUACCGGGAUGGCUAUGGAUCCAAACAGCCAAAAAUCCCAUCUUCCAAUACAAGAGGCUACAAGAAAAAGUCCCUGGACAUAGUCCAUCUGGAUAGAAGUGGAGACGUCGACAAGGCGGUCUUUGAGACGUACAGAAAAUCAAACAUCGUAGAAGUGAUGGAGGGGCCUAUAGAAAGUAUUAUGCUUAAGAAAAAGAUUAUCAGAGUCCUCGGAAGAAUAAAAACCGAUGAUUUGUUCCUGUACAACACUGGGAAGUGCAUAACAACUGUAUCACUUCCCUCCAAACACAGUAAAUAUAUUUUUGUGGGCGUUAAGAAAGGCUUUGAGAGAGAAUCAACGUUCAAAUUCUCGUCGGAGGCUUCGGAAGUCUACUUGUUUGACCAAGAACUGAAUCUGAGGCGGAUCCUGAGUUUUAGUUUUGGAUACUGCCGGAAGAUAGAAGCAAGACAGGAGGAAGAUGUCAUCCGGUGUGUUGCUCUAUUUAGUGACGGGUUUAUUCGAAGGUUUGAUUUCGAAGGGGAAAUCAGGAACAUGGUGCAGCUUGAAACAAGUGGGGUGGUGAACUUUGAGAUCGACUGGGACGAGGAUAUUAUUUUUGCAACAGAUGGAGGCAUUCUCGUGUGGAUACGUCAAAACUCUGUUGUGUCGGUAUUUAAUGAGAUAAAGGGAAUGAUAACAUCCAUAGCCAUAAAAAAAAAGACAAGGAAAGGAAAGGAUGGAGAGCAUUCCACAGGAAGUCCAAACAAAGGAUCUCUUUGCUUUUAUGCUUUGGGUCUUAAUGGCAAGAUAUUUAGAUUUGGUAACGAGUUCCAGGAAGAAGAAAGGAUAUCCUUCCCCUCGGGAUAUACCUUUAUCAAAUACUUAAGCCAAACAGAUACCGUUAUUAUUGUGGACACACUGAACAAUGUUACAAAAAUCUUACAUGAUGAGGGAAGCCACCGCAGAGCCACCGUGAUGUUCAACUACUCUCUGUCCUGCUGCAGACCAAAUGAAAAGAAGAUUUUGAUUGGAGGAUUUGAUGGAACCAUCAAACAUGGAAAGAUUAACAAGAGAAAAACCAAGACGAAGACUCUUUUCCAGCUGGUGCGGAAGGGAAAUGAGGUGAUGCUAGUACACUCCGAGGAAGAACUGAAGGCAUUCGAUCCGAAAGGAAGACUUUUUAAUGACAGCUCGGAAAGGGUUAUAGAUUUAUGGAUAGGAGAGACGCAUCUUUUUGCAGCGUAUGAAUGUGGAAUUGUUGUUGGGUUUUCCUUACUGUGA